AUGGGUAAGAUCCUGCAAACACAUCCGAAAGCUGUACAAGCCCACAAAGACAUUGUCCUGCGAUGUUUGGACGACAAGGAUGAGAGUAUACGAUUGAGGUACAUCUCUGUUUUGGUGGAACUAACUAAAGUUGAAGGCACAAAACAUGGUGCCAAAAUUGCUGAACAGAUCCAAGACGUUACGGUUGAGAAUGCACAUGUUCUUUUGGCUGGAAGUGCACAACAACGAAAUAACAUCUCUGAGGUCCUGCUAGCAGCUGCAUGGAUCUGUGGAGAGUAUAGCCAGCACGUCCGAAAUGUUCAAUCAGUACUGGAGUCAAUGCUGAGAGCUCGAACAUCGGUCAUGUCUGGCCACAUAUUAUCGGUUUAUGUACAAAAUAUCGGAAAACUGUAUAGCACUCUACUAUCGAAGGCUGAAGAG